AUCGAAAGAAUUUGAACAAGAAUAACCACGACUCAACGUCAUAACAAAGCGACAAAAAGAAGUAGCAGUUGGGUUAGAUUCGUCUCCUCAUCUCUAAUUCACCUACAAUGACAACUUUAACAAGACAAGACCUCAAUUUUGGACAAGUGGUGGCUGAUAUCCUGUGUGAGUUUUUGGAAGUGGCCAUUCAUCUAAUCCUUUAUGUACGAGAGGUGUACCCGUCUGGGAUAUUCCAGAAGAGGAAGAAAUAUAAUGUACCUGUUCAGAUGUCAUGCCACCCAGAGCUGAACCAAUACAUCCAGGAUACUCUGCACUGUGUAAAGCCCCUCAUUGAGAAGAAUGAUGCUGAAAAAGUGGUGCUGGUUAUCAUGGACAAAGAGCAUCAUCCAGUGGAGAGAUUUGUCUUUGAGAUUUCCCAGCCUCCUCUUCUAUCCAUCAGCUCUGAUUCAUUACUGUCACAUGUGGAGCAGUUACUGAGGGCGGUUAUCCUGAAGAUCAGUGUAUGUGAUGCAGUUCUGGAUAACAAUCCACCUGGAUGUACAUUCACAGUGCUGGUCCACACCAGGGAGGCUGCUACACGCAACAUGGAGAAGGUUCAGGUCAUCAAGGAUUUUCCGUGGAUAAUUGCAGAUGAACAGGAAGUACACAUGCAGGAGCCCAAACUCAUACCCCUGAAGACUAUGACAUCAGACAUUGUCAAAAUGCAACUGUAUGUGGAGGAGAGGGCACAGAAGGCUUCAUAGACCAAGCUGGACAAAACAAUGUCAAUCCUCUGUGCUGCUGCUGCCACAAAAAUCCACUAAUUGAGGUGUGGAUUUUUCUCCAGUCUGAUGCUUGAACUGUGAAAAAUAUUUUUUUGUUUUGAUGGUCUGACUUAGGGGAGUUUGUUUUUUGUUCAGCAUUGUCAUUGCUCAUCACAACAAAAAUAAUUGUUUGUGACAGCAACGCCUAAGAGAAAUGAUUUAUGAUAUAGUGGGGGCCUUCACUUAUGUUUACAGUAUGAUGUGUAUUGCUGUCUUCACCGAAACAGCAGUCCCAGAGGGAUAUGACUGGUUGGAAAUAUAGACAGUUUAUAAGAAUGAACAAAUGUGUGUUAUUGCAUGUGUGGAGCACUGACAUGCUCCAGCAGUUAGUAUUUAACUCAAACUGCUACAAAUAUUUGUAAAUACAAGUGGAUUUAGUUGUUUUUGAUUUAAUUGAUAUUUGUUUUGUUUCUCAGAUAACACAUUCUACUUUGGGAAACAGUAUUUAGUAGAGUCCAAGUCCUUUUUUGUUAAUCAAAGUCUAAAAUGUUUCUUGUUUAUUACACAGAACAAAAAUAUAAAUGCAAAAUACAUGUCAAUUGUUUAUCCCAUGUUUGAUGAGCAAAAAUAAAAGAUCCAAGCAUUUUUCUACA